UUGCGCACGGGCCAGCUCAGAACCCGAGAGUAGUUCAUCGCAAGACAUUUGCUAUUACAACUUAUACACCAUCACAUCCCUCACGCGAACGACACUUUCUACUGCUAGCCUCGUUGAGUGCAGUAGCCAUGUUCUGUGAAAAAUCAUCGUCCGAUCAAAGCAUCUCCCGCCUAGGUUAUCAGCCAGGCUACAUCCUUCGUGGAAUGAUAUCGCUCCCGGAGCCGGCGAAAUCAUCAGCCAUCAAACGCAACUCCAUAUCAUCAUCAUCAUCAUCAUCAUCAUCAUCGGUUGGCCUUCUGGAUAUCCUCCCGGUUGAGCUUGUACACUGCACAUUGUCUUUGCUGGACUUUCAGUCUCUGUCGCACCUAUCGCGGGUCUCGCUGCGAGGCUAUGAAUUGGUCAGGUCCCUUCCAGCAUACCGAAACCUGAUAGAACAUGCACCCCAUUCUUUGGCAGCGCUCAGUCAUAUAAGACUCAUUCGUCGUCAUUCAUCACAAGCAACCCGCAGAGCUCUAUUAUCAGAACGCAAUACUGCUAUAAAUGUCUAUGCAGCAAAAUGA